CUAACUAACUAACUAACUAACGGCGAGAGAGCCUCACUACAGUGUGUGUGUGUGUGUGUGUGUGUCUGUACCGGUCACUCAGACACCGUCCUGUUCACUUUUCUGUGGAUUAAAUGGGGAGUGUGUCACUUUAGUUGUUUAUGCCUGGCGGUGAUGCGAUGGGAUAAAGCAGAGAGGAUUUUCUCUAAAGUAACGGCGCGGGACAGUAAAGGCGGUUAAGCGGGUUGUGCAGUAUGUGGUGGAAUGGAUGAGAAUGAGCAGAACCGUUAUGUGACUCAGCUGAAAGAGGAGUUUGACAGCUGUGACACUACGGGUACUGGUUUCCUGGAUAAAGAAGAGCUCACUGCACUGUGCCACAAGCUGCGUUUGGAUGCUCAUCUCCCGCUACUGCUGGACAUACUGCUCGGAGCACAGCAUUAUGCAAGGGUGAAUUUUGAAGAGUUCAAGGAGGGAUUUGUAGCUGUGCUCUCCAGAUCAUUAGACUUUUCUACAUCUGAAGAGGAAAGCAGCUACCUUGAGCCAGUCCCAGAGGAGGUGAGCCCAAAGUUUGUGAAGGGGACCAAACGCUAUGGACGCAGGUCACGACCUGAUAAAACCACCUCAGUGCUAACGGACGAGACGGAGAAGGAUGAGACCCCCUCUACAGGUGUGAGGAGGGCCAAGCUCAGACGCUCUACCUCACUAGAGAGUGUAGAGAGUUUGAAGUCUGAUGAAGACACAGGGAGCAACAAGGAAACAAGCAGGGAACAACAAAGUGCCAUUCAACACUCACUUCUUUUUGAAGCACAAGGCCAGUUAAAGCUCUGGAAGCCAGACAGCUCAGGAAGUCGGAAGCACUUCACUGGUCUAUGCCAGGAACUAACAGAUGGGCAGGUGAGAGCGGUUUGGAAGGAGCUGGGGGUUGGCGCUGGAGGCUCGCUGAACAAGCAGGAGCUGUUGCUAGUAUGCGACCACAUCGGCCUCAAGGAUCUACAAUCUGAGGAGUUAGACAGUCUCUUCAGGAAACUGGAUAAAGACCAGGAUGGGAGAGUGAGCCUUACUGAGUUCCAGAGUGGUUUGUUUAUACAUGGAGAUUUGCCUGAACCCAAAGCUGCAUCCACCCCUGCCCGCCUCAUUGCCCAGUGCUCUUUUUCACAGGACUUUGAGGAGCGAGUUCUGCGCUCCACCUCACCCUCGGUGCUCUCCGCUACAGUGGGUCAGAGACUGCUCACUCGGCUGGAUGAUGGCUCAGGCUGCACCAGUCCCGAGAACGUCAUCACCUUUUGGAAUGAGGAAGGAAUUCGUAACAGCAGAGAUAUCCUUCAGACUUUGGAUUUCUCUUUGGAAGAGCAGCUGAGCCUGGCUGAUCUCACACUUGCCCUGGACAAUGAGCUGCUGGUCAGCGGCAAUGGCAUCCACCAGGCUGCCCUCAUCUCCUACAAGGAUGAGAUCCAGUUCCUUCAAGAGCUGGCAAAUCAGGCUUGUCAGGAGAGGGACAAAGCCAAGGCCCAAUUAGAACUGGCCGACCGUCGUAACCUACAGCUGGUCAGAGAGAUUGAUGACCGCCAUGCCACCAUAGAGUCACUUAAUGAGUCUAAGAUCAAGGAUCUGGAGCAGGAGUUCCGGGAAAAGCUAAGUGCCUUGAGAAGUGAGACAGAGCAAGAGAGCGAGGUGCUGCUUCAGCAGAUGGAGAAGGAGAGAGACAAGUUGAGGGAGGAAGUAAAAUUCCUCAAAGGUCAAGAAGCCAAUUUGCAGGAAGAAGCCGCUGCUGCCAUUAAGGAGAACAGUCGUCUAGAGGAGGAGAUCUGUGCUCUGAAAGGGAAGCUGUCUGAAGCAGAAAGCACCGUCUCUAAACUAAAGAAGGAUCUAGACCAUGUGCUGCAGGACAAGUAUGGUGGUUUAGAUCCAAACAGUGCAGGACUGUUAAGUCGAGAGGAGCAUCUCUCAGGGAUUAUAAAGGAGUAUGAACUGCAGUGCAGGGAGUUGCAGGACAGGAAUGACGAGUUGAGCUCUGAGCUGGAAGUUCUGAAAAAUCAAGGUUCAGGAAGGAAAACCAGACAAUCAAGGGACAGACUUUCCACUCUCACCUGGUCUGGCCGCAGAGCACUAACCACCGAGUCUGAUUCUGAUGACCCUGAAAUAAAAAGAGGCUCUUCUCCCAAAAUUAAGAAAUGUAUUAACAAGAAUGCUUUGCAAAGUCUAGCCCCCACUGUGAGCAUUGAGACAGAGCUAGCAAUGGAGCAACUCAAGGAAAGAUACGAACAAGAGAUCCAAGAUCUGAAGAUCCAGUUGGAGACCAAAGUAAACUUCUAUGAACGCACCAUAGAGCUGAUGAAGCAGAACAUGGAGGUUGAGCGUAAGGAGAUUGCCCAGGGCUUCAAGAUGGAAAUUAGUGAACUAGAAGAGCAGAAGGCUCUGGCAGAGGAGCGGCUUGAGCAGCUACGUCAGAGGGUGGAAAGAUUGGAAGGAGAACUAAAGAUUAAGAGUGAAGUGAUAGCAUGGGGACCUGAACAGGAGCAACGAGUUCAACGGGAGCAGGCAGAACUGGAGCAGAACUAUGCCCGUGAGAUUGGUAACAUUGUGCAUCGCCUCACCUCAGAGAAGGACCAACUGGAGGCAGAGCUUAAGCUGAAAAUGGACCAGGAAAUACUCCUUGUUAGGGAGGAGCUGGAGCAACAAUUAUCACAAAUCAAGGCUCAGCUACAUGGUGAGCAAUUUCGGCUGCAGGAACAGACCGAACAACACUGCAGGGAAAUGGGUGCAUGGGAGGCUAGAGUGGAGGAGCUUGAGCAGGAGGUGCGCAAGGAGCGCCUUCACAGUGCUGAGCGCUUAGGAGAGGAGCAGGCACAGAUCUGCAGCAGUGCUGCUCAGGAAAGGAAGAUACUGGAGGAAAAGCACCAGGACGAGGUUCGGCAGCUGAGGGAGUGUAUUUGCAAGAUGCAAGAUCAGGCUGAGCUACAAUGUAGAGCAGAGGAGGAAUCGCUCAUGCUGCAGAGGCAGUUGGAGGAGAAGCUGGAGGAGAUGUGUGUUCAACUGGAAGACAACACAAUGUCCAUGAAAGCCCAGGAUGCCCUCAUCCAGAGUCUGACCUCAGAAUUGCAUGCCAAAGAGAGGGAGAUGGACAUUAAGAAGGAGAGAGAGCAAAAGCUUCUUGGUAAGGUGUCUCAGCUAGAGCGCAAACUUAAUUUUGAACGUGAAAGGAAGAUUUCUCAACAAAAGGUGGAGAAAAACAAAGAGGAAGCACUUCUUGGCAAGGUGUCUCAGCUUGAACAGAGACUUGUGGAGGACAAAAAGAGAGAAGAAGAGCUUCUUGAUAAACUUUUUCAGUUUGGAGAGGAAUGGGACCGCAUGAAAAUUGAAUUGGAGAUGGUGCAAAAAGAAAAGGAAAGAAUGCAGGGAAACUGCAGUCAACUGUCAUCUGCACUUGUCCAGCAACAAACAUUGCUUGAGGAGCAAGAGAAGGAACUUGAUGAACUUAGAGAAAACUUGGAGAAAACCCAUGAGGCGUUAAAAAGCAGAGAUGAAGAUUUGACAAGACAGGCUUCUGAGCUAAAAUCUGUGGAGAUGGACAGAGACAGACUUAUGGAGGAACUGAGGAGUCAAGGCAAUAUCGUGAAGGACCUUCAGGCAAAGUUUCAGAAUCUCUCUGAGGACUGGGAUCAGUUGAAUGAUAUUGUACAAAACCUACAGAAUGCUCUAAGCCAGGAACAAGGCACAGCUACUCAGCUCCAAACCCUACUAAACUUGGAACGAGAAGAGAAGAGCCACUUUCUGCAAGAGAACUCCAGUUACAGAACUCUCUCAGACCAACUCUCGUCCCAGAUUGUGGAAAUGGAAACUGAAUCAACCAAGCUUACAGAAGAGCUCAAGGAACUGAGAGUAGAUUUACAGCACAAGGACAAGCAAUUACUAGAACUCAGGACUCAGCUGGAUGCUAAAUCCAAAGAGAUAGACUUACUCUGGAAUGAGGUACACCAGAAGAUGGAGAUGUUUCAAAACAUCAACCGUCUCUCUGAUGAGGUGCAACUUUUGACCCAGUGUUUGGAGGACAAGGAAAAGGAGCUUUGCUCCCUGAGAGAAGAGGCAGACAACUCCACUAAUCAGCUGCAGCAGUCUUUGAUGAUCUCCCAGGCAGAGGUUCAGCAGGUGGAGGAAGCAUUUGAGAGGGAGAAGGGCCAAAUGAAGGGGCAGUUACUAGAGAUGGAGAGACUGGUCAUUGCUCUGGAAACGGUGAUGGACCCAUCAAGUCCACACAGGGCCAAACUUGAUGAGGUUAAUUCUGAAAACAGUGCACUGAAGGACAGGUUGGCUGUUUUACAUCAGGAUGUUAUGAGGUUGGAGGAGGAGGUCAGCAAAAAGAGGAGGAAACUCGAGGAGAUGGAAAGAGAGCAUAUAAAAAUUCAGGAAGAAGAGGAGAGGUUACACAAAGAGAACUCUAAGGUUCGAGAAGAGGCGUUGGAGUUAAGUGCUCGAAACUUGCAGCUUAGCAACGAGAACGCUGAGUUAAAUUCUCGACUCCAGUCUGACCAAGGCACAGUGCAGAUGUUGACUGAAAGGCUUUCCCAGGUGUGUCAAGAACAAGAAGAGAUGACAACCUUCAUUAAACAGCUCCAAGAGACAAAUGGAAGUCUAGAGAAAGAGAAGCUACAGCUACAAGCUAGCAGGCAGGAUGAAAAGAACCUCCUAGUGAGAGAGCUAAACGAAGCCAGAGACAAGCUUCACCACUUAACAGAAGUUGAGUCUGUCCUGACGAGCUUAACCCUGAAAAACCAAUCGCUUCAGCAGGACAAGGAGAGCUUGAUGAAAGAAGCAGAAGAACAAAACAAAAAGCUUGAAAAACUUCAGGAGUGUAUUAACACUCUUGAAGACCAGUCAGCACAGCUUCAUUCUCAGAUUUAUUCAAUGUGCAAGGAAAAGGAGGUUCACAUGAAGGAGAUGUCCACACAACACAUGCUGUUGAAGGAAUCUCAAAACAAGGUUCUGGAGCUUGAAACCAGGAUGCAUGAAUUUGUUAAGGAGAAGGAACACAUGCAGCUCGUUCACAGGAUGCAGGAAGAGACAGCAGCUAGUGCUCUAGAGGAAAAACUGAGGAGUGUGCAAGCACAGUGUCAAGAGCUUCUUGACAAGUUGAAAGAUUCUGAGUCUAAGCUGCAUGCUCAGGAGUUAGAACUUCAGAGGUUAAAGCAUGAAAGCCUCACCUUAAGAAACAAACAGGCAGAACUGGAGACCACCAAGCAGAAGGCAGAAGAGCAGGCUUUGAGGGCAAACACUGCUCUAUCGCUGAGCCAGGCACAGCAUGUUCGUGAGGUGCAGCAGUUACAGGAACAGAUUGGCCUCAAUACCCAGGAGUGGCUUUCUAACCUACAAACUAAACUGGCUGAGGAGCAGAGUAAAACACAGCAGCUGGAGGUGCAGCUCCACUCUCAGGCCCAGCAGGCCAGGACUCAAGUGAACCUUCAACAGGAGCAGUAUGAGAAAGUGAUGGAGAACAUGCAGGAGCGGAUGGAUGACGUGGAAGCCAAGCUAAAGGCGGUACGACUGAUGCUGCAGGAGAAGGUUAACCAGCUGAAGGAGCAGCUGUCUAAGAAUGUUAAGUCAGAUUUGCUGCUAAAGGAUCUCUACGUAGAGAAUGCUGAGCUCAUGAAGGCUCUGCAGAUAACUGAGCAGCGGCAGAAAAGUGCAGAGAAGAAGUCAUUCCUUUUGGAGGAGAAGGUGUCCGCUCUCAACAAACUCCUGCGUAAAAUUGCUCCUGCCUCUCUUUCUGCCUAGAAUGCGUCAGCCACAAAUGUCCUUUAACAGUAAUGAAAUGUGAACUACCUAAGUUUUUUUUUUUUUUUAUAGACUUAAACUCCUCUAUUGUCUAUAAAGGGAAACAUGUUCACAGUAAGACAGUGAAACCCCUCAGUGUGACACUUUAAAGCACAAUCAUUGGUGAUUCAAGCACCGGACUUAAAACUAACACCACAAGCAUAAUAUUGACAGGAUAUUUUGCUAAAAAUGGUGUUAUACCAGUUUGUUUGUAAUAUGACAAUUUUGUUAAAGGCCACAGCAAUUUUAUUAUGUCUCUUCUGAGACAAUCAUGUCUGAGUAAAAUAUUAAGCGGAAGUUUGAAAUGUAAAGGGCCAAAUAUAAUGGCAUCUUGCAAAUGGGAAAUUCCUUUUGUUUAUUCGUUGGUAAUUUAAACAUUUAUGGACUGUAUAUGGUAAAUAUUCAUUAUAAAUACAGAAAAAUGUUUGAAAGGUGUUUGACUAUUUAGAAGUAUCAACUCAAAGCACAGUAUUCUUCACAUGUACAAUUUUGAUACACAGGCUGUCUUCAAACUGGCACAAUCAUGAUGCACUACUGUACAAUCCACUGUGAUGUUCAUAAAUUGUGUUGACAGCUGUAAUUUUAUUAAUUCUUCUAAAAUGUAAUUGUAUGACCUUCACUGCAUUUAUUUAAAAAAGAAAAAUGGACCUGCUUAAGACAUGGCAGCAGUGUGAUCGAGAUAUCAUACACAUGAAUCACUGUGUACAUUUUGACAGUAAAUUUUACAUCAAAACA